UAUAAGAGAGAGACAGACACAUACAGUGAGAAAUAUUGGAGAAAUAAAUAUUGGGGAAAUACACUGAGAAAUGAGAGAGAGAUACAGUGAGAAAAAAUAGAGACUUACUGAGUAAGAGACUUUAAGCGAGAGUCUAAGUGAGUGAGUGAGUGUGUGAGAAAGAGAGAGACACACACACAGACAGAUUUACUGAGAGAGAGAGAGAGAGAGAGAGAGAGACACACAUACACACAGACUUACUGAGAGAGCGAGAGACACACACAGACAGACUGAGAGAGAGAGAGAGAGAGAGAGAGAGAGAGAGAGAGAGAGAGAGUCUCUCACACACACACACACACACGCACGGUUAACCCGCGGGCUGAGGACUGGAGGAUUGAGACUCACACGGAGGGAGAGCGCACCGGCUCCGGGGGGGGUUAGUGCUGUGUUGUGAUGAAGAUGGCCGACGCUAAGCAGAAGCGGAAUGAGCAGCUGAAGCGCUGGCUAGGCUCGGAAACCGACCUGGAGCCGCCGGUUCUGAAGAAGAAGAAGACUAAGGUGAAGUUCGACGACGGCGCGGUGUUCCUGGCGGCCUGCUCCAGCGGGGACACCGAGGAGGUGCUGCGGCUGCUCGACCGCGGCGCGGACAUCAACUACGCCAAUGUGGACGGCCUGACCGCCCUGCACCAGGCCUGUAUAGACGAUAACGUGGACAUGGUGACCUUCCUGGUGGAGCAUGGCGCCUGCAUCAACCAGCCAGAUAACGAGGGCUGGAUUCCCCUCCACGCCGCCGCCUCCUGCGGAUACAUGGACAUCGCCGAGUAUUUAAUCAGUCAGGGUGCGAGUGUAGGCGUGGUGAACAGCGAGGGCGAGACGCCGCUGGACAUCGCUGAGGAGGAGGCCAUGGAGGAGCUUCUACAGAACGAGAUCAACCGGCAGGGAGUGGAUAUCGAGGCGGCGAGGAAAGAGGAGGAGCGGAUCAUGCUGCGGGACGCUCGGCAGUGGCUCAACAGCGGCCAGAUCAGCGACGUCCGGCACGCCAAAUCCGGAGGAACCGCACUGCAUGUCGCCGCUGCCAAGGGCUACGCUGAGGUUUUAAAGCUUUUAAUCCAGGCAGGUUAUGAUGUAAAUAUUAAAGAUUAUGACGGCUGGACACCGCUGCACGCUGCUGCUCACUGGGGUAAAGAGGAGGCCUGCAGGAUCCUGGUGGAGAAUCUGUGCGAUAUGGACCUCAUCAAUAAAGUGGGUCAGACGGCAUUUGAUGUAGCUGAUGAAGAUGUUUUGGGCUAUUUAGAAGAACUGCAGAAGAAGCAGAAUCUGCUAAUGAGUGAAAAGAAGGAUGUUAAGAAAUCUCCGCUGAUAGAAACGACGACCACCGGGGACAAUAAUCAAUCUGUGAAACCAGUCAAGAGUAAAGAGACGCUGUUGCUAGAACCAGAGAAGAACGCUCCACGUAUAGAGACUCUAGAACCAGAGAAAGUGGAUGAGGAGGAGGAGGGGAAGAAGGAUGAGUCCAGCUGCUCUAGUGAGGAAGAGGAGGAAGAAGAUUCAGAAUCUGAAAAUGAAGCAGACAAGACCAAGUCUUCUGCUCCGGUCAGCAACUCCACCUCCAACAGCACAGCCCCCACUCCUGCCUCCGCCCACACUAGCAUCACCGUCUCCUCCCCCACCAGCCCCACCAGCCCCACCAACCAGGUGACCAGCCCAACCUCACCUCUCAGAAAGUCUGAUUUAAUUGCUGCCCUCAGUCCGGCGGCGGGUGAAGCUACUUGUCCUGCAUUGUGGCGUCAAGGCUUGCGAAAAACUGGCAUUUCUCUUGUGCCCAAAAAAGCGAUGGUGGCUGUACCUGCUGGAAAGACGUCCCAGGUGUCUCCUAAGGAGGAGGAGCGUAAGGACGAGAGUCCUGCCUCCUGGAGGCUGGGUCUGAGGAAGACUGGCAGUUACGGUGCGCUGGCGGAGAUCAGCGCCACUAAGGAGGCUCAGAAGGAGAAGGAUACGACCGGAGUGAUGCGGUCAGCUUCCUCACCUCGUCUGUCCUCCUCACUGGACAACAAGGACAAGGAGAAGGAGAAGGAGAAAACCCGUUUAGCGUACGUCGCUCCCACCAUCCCCCGCAGACUGGCCAGCACUUCAGACAUCGAUGAGAAGGAGAACAGGGACUCGGCGGCUAGCCUGGUGCGCAGCGGUUCGUACACUCGGAGGCGCUGGGACGAGGAACUGAAGAACAGCGAUGGAACCACAACACAGAACCGAACUUCCAGCUACCAGCGCAGCACCUCCCACUCUCUAACCCUCGGCCGCAGUGGCAGCUCCCGUGACCUCCCGGCCAAGUCGUCCUCUGCUUCCAGCCUGGAGCCUAACAGCACUAAAGCCUGGCAGUCCCCGCACUCCUCCUACAGCCAGGCUUACAGCAUACACCGCAGCGGUUCGUUUGGGAGGAGGCAGGAUGAUGCUGUGACCUCCACAGCCUCCAGCUCCUCCGUUACCACCACCACGAGCACCACCUCCUCCAUUACCUCACCUACAGGUCAUCGCAGGUAUUGGUCGGAGGACAGUGCUGAUAAAGAGAAGGAGUCAGCAACUGUAAUCCCAACCAUCAACACUGCAGCCACCACUACCACCUCCACCUCCACCACUGGCACUAUACUGGGUUCCGACGGCAGAGAGAGACGCAGAUCGUACCUGACCCCGGUGCGAGAUGAAGAGUCGGAGUCUCAGAGGAAAGCUCGGUCCCGUCAGGCCCGGCAGUCCAGAAGAUCCACUCAGGGUGUGACCCUGACUGACCUCCAGGAGGCGGAGAAGACGAUUGGCCGCAGUCGCCCCAUGCGGACCAGAGAGGAGGAGAAGCAGGACAAAGAGAAACAGGAUAAGGAGAAGCAGGAGGCUGAGGCCAAGGAUACCGAGACCAAGGAGGACGAUUACAGGUCUCGCUAUCGCCCGCUAGAGGAGCGCUACCGGACUUCUUCCCUGAGCUCUUCCUCCACCACAACAGCCUCCACACUGCCCUCCUCCUCCAGCAGCUCCUCGUCCCUCUACACCACCUCCUCCUCCUUACUCAACCGGCCCAACAGCCUGAGCGGCAUCAGCUCUGCCUACAGCCGCUCUAGCUCCGCCCGCGACGCAGAGAAAGCAGAAGCUGAUAAGAGAGAGGCGGAGAAGGACGCGGAGGAUAAGGGUCAGCCUCGUUCCAUACGGGAUCGCCGACGACCGAGAGAAAAACGGCGCUCCACAGGAGUCUCUUUCUGGCCCCAGGAUAGUGAUGAGAACGAUCCGGAACAGCAGUCCGACUCCGAGGAGGGAAGCACUAAAGGAGACAUUCAGAGUGACAGACUGUCCAGAAACGAUGCUCUGUCCUCUAGCACGUCCUCUACUGAUCGCUAUGAGCACCUGGACAGCCGCAGCUACAGAGAGGGCCGCCGGCCGUACUCACGACUGGACAGAGACGAUAGCACUGAUUAUAAGAAGCUUUAUGAACAGGUUCUAGCUGAAAACGAGAAGCUGAAGGCUCAGUUACGUGAUACGGAUCUGGAACUGGCGGGUCUGAAGCUACAGCUGGAGAAGGCCACCCAGAGACAGGAACGCUUUGCUGAUAGGUCACAGCUGGAGAUGGAGAAAAGGGUUGCUGGCAGGCCUCAGUACAUGCUGGGUGCUAUGGGAAAGAAGAGCUCUAGAAAGGAAGAUAUCUGAGAUGGAGGAGGAGCUUAAGACGCUACCAGACUUGAAAGCCGACAACCAGAGACUGAAGGACGAGAACGGCGCUUUGAUCCGAGUCAUUAGCAAGCUUUCCAAAUAGAACAGCUCCCCUCCCCCUCCCCACAGUGGCAGAGUCUGGUAUUGCACCCCCCCCCCACCCCCAACACUAGAAUAUUAAUUACAACAGACAUCAGCGACGAGAUUGGCUCCUUCUCCUCCCCGGUCACUGUACCCCUCCUCCUCCUCUCGCUCUCUUGCUCUUUAUUUCUUGAUUUCAUUUAUCUCUAUCCCUGUUUCAUCCGCCAUCCACGUUUCAUCACCCCUACCUGCUCUUCAGUGCUCGCAGUUUACAUUUACCCCACUGAACGAGAGACACACCAACGGCACGGAUGGACAGGAGGACAGUCAGACGAACAGAUGGACGAAUGGACAGACAGAAAGAAAAAAAGAAAGCCUCCAGAACUGUUUAACCAGUAAAGCCUUAGCAAACAUACAAAUAAACACAUAUAAUCAAACACUCUGCCAUCACAGAAGAGCUCUGGUCUAUCAUCAAUUUAUUCUACACCUGCUUUUAUCAUUUGUGCCACCUCAAGCAUCCCUUCUAUUAUUAUUAUUAUUAUUAUUAUUGCUAAUAUUCUUAUUAUUGUUAUUAUAAUUAUCAUUGCUAAUUUUGCAAUUCCGUGUUUAUAUUUGCAUAGAAACACAAUGCAUCUCUCUUUUUUCCCCCGUUUUUCUGUCUGUAUCGUUCUUUCACACUUUAACGGUAUCAGCAAACACUUCUACCUAAAGUCAACGCAAACUCUGCGUACAAAGAAAUCUACGCAAGUUAUUCCACCAAAACACUAGUUGGCCUCGAAGGUGGAAAUGCAAUGCUCGGCUGAGGAAUCACGGGUGUUGCGGUCUGCGUAACCAUGAAAGAUUGUUACAUUGAGGAUGUGUGCAUUAGGUUACAGCACAGCUACAGUGCAGAUUCAAUGCAUAAGCUCCUUUUCCCCCAUCCAAAUCUACAGGCACUGUUGUUUAGCAGCGGGCUCCCCAACAUCCAUUGUGAUGCUCUGCACUUACACAGCAAAAUGUGGAAAGUUGGGAAUACACUGCUAAGUGAAUCCAUUACAGGCGCUAUGGUCCAUGGAUGGUCCUUGUGCUUGAGGCCCCACCCCUUUCCAACAGUGGGUGGCAAUGUUUUCCAAUAGCGAGUAUCCCAGCAUUCAUAGCACCGCUCUGCAGUUAAACUGCAAAGACAGGGCAUACUAUGCUGAGCCGACCAGUCACGGUUGCUGUAGACUGCAUCAGCACAAUGCGUAGCUGCAUUUCUGGGGAUGUUCACGUCAGGCUGCAGUGUAGCUAUAUUGUAGAUUUGGCGUAGAAGUAUAAAUUUGGCUCAACUCGAAGCCCCACCCUCUUUCUCCUCCCCCGACUCGGUGGCACUGUUUUCCAGCAGUCGUCAGCAUCGGCUCGCGCACACACUUGCACACUUUCACUUGGACACACUCUCUUAACUGGACACGCACACACCUGCACACAUUUACACCUGGACACACCCCCUACUCCUCCCAUCCUCCUACCUUUUCCUCCCCCCACCCCCGACUCUGGACUCUUCAGGUGGAAUCGAUCCUAAGCUUUCACUGAAUGUGCAAUACGUGUCUUUAUUAUUAUAAUUAUUAUAAUUACGUAAUAAAAUAAUGCUUUAAAAGGAAAAAAAAAAGUCCAUCACACGUAGAGAACGCUCACUUCCUCUUCCUCCUCAAUCAUUCCUCCUCCUCUUCCUCCUCCUCCUCCUCUUUGAGUUUGUAGUGUAGUAGAUGGUUUAUAUUCCUCACGUUGUUGUUUUUAGCAGGUACUGAGUGAAGCUGUAUAUACCUGUAUGUAUUGUUUGAGACAAGCACAUGGCAUGCGUUGAUGCUUUUCUGUCUGUUACUGUUGAAAUAUUACCUACUCCGGAGGACGGGUUGAGACGAGAAACAAGAACAAAGUGUGUUUUAACUGUUUUCUUCUUCUUUUAUAGUUGGAAAAAGAAAAAUAAAACACAAAAAUAUAAAGCUGCAGUUAAACAGUAGAGCCUCCCCGCCUGCAGGGGGCGGUGGCGUGCGGCAGGUGUUCGCUCGGAGCGCAGAUUCUUUCAACUACUUUUAAAGAAACAAAAAAUAUUCACGGUAAUUGUGAUAUAAGAAUAAUAUAAUUCUUCACGACUUUUCACACGCGUUGUGUUUCUGUAACUUUUACCGAAAACGAGUGCUGUUUGUUUUUUUUGCCCCUUUCCCCUUCCUUCUUUUUUUGUUAUGCUGUUAGCGUUAGCUGAGGUGCCGUCACUGAGGAUAUAUGCUUAAGUAUCUCUUACCCAGUCCCUUCUUUUCUCCUUAGUUUUUCUUUUAUUUUCUUUUUGUUCCUGUUAUUAUUCUAAUUAUAAUUAUUAUUAUAUAAUUAUUAUUUUGGUUUAGUUUUUUUCUUUUUACGUUGUCUACAUGCACUGUCGAUGAUGCCAUGCCAGGAGUCUCUCUCUGUCCUUUUUUUUUUUUUCUUUUUUCGUUUUUAGCGAACUUUUUGGGUUUUUGUUUUUUUUUUGCCACCGUUGUUUGCCGAGUGAAGAGCGAGUUUUAUGCAUUUCAGUGGCCUUUUAAAAAUACUGUAGUUGAGAGAGGAAGCAGAUAUUAAAAAAAGUCGCUGUUGUUGGUCUAUUAUUGUUUUGGUUUAGGUUUUAAAUUCUUUAUUUUUUUCGGUUUUAUGUCCAUUAUUAUUAUUUUUUCCCUUUUUAAAUUUCCCAUCCUAUUGUAAAAUAGACGUGUGGCUUCCUACAUGCAAGCUGUGCUGUGACUACCAACCACUGAGAGUUCAUUAAAAUAAAGUUGUACAUUGUAAAAAUCCA